AUGAGUCAAAAUAACUUUCAACCUGCAAUUGGUACCAAUGAUAAUGAUUCUAAAUAGAAAGUGUAGGGGUUACGUAGUAUAUACCAAUCCAGGUAAUCGGAGCCAGCUACAAGUUAUUUAAGAUAAGCAGGCAGUAAGCUUUCAAUGACUUCAAACAAGUCUUUUUACAAGUAUUUUGAGCCAGUAGAUCCCUCAGACAAAUAAUCAGAAUCUGUAUCCUAGGAAAUAAUUUAAUAAGAGUAAAAAUAAUUGGUUCUUGACAACGCAGAAGUGAAGUAAAUACAUUCAUAAGAUUAUAUUGAUGAGGCAUCGAAUCAGAUCUUAGAUGAUUAGUAUUUACAAUCAAUAAAAACCAAUAAAAAGAGAUCUAUUUCACUUGGCCAUCAAAGCCAAAGAGAACUUGAGGAAUCAGAAAGUGAGCAUAAUUAAAGAGGAGUGAUCGUAGAUGCCAGCAAAAGAUCAUCAAGAUCAUUUUCAAGCCUUAAGAAGAAAAGAAUUAGUUGGGGACCCUCAAAAAUCCUUGAGUUCUACCCAAGUGAGUUAUAUCAAUAAAAUCCAAAUGAGAUGAGAGCAAGCCAGAUGAGCUCAAAUAGAGCUUAAAAUUCUUAAGGAUCUUAGAAUGAAUCCAAAAAGAGCGGUAUACUUAAGAGGUAAAGCGAAGCAGUAUAGCUUUUACCUGAUAAGUAGAUGAAAGAGGAGGUAGCAGCAUAAAUUGAAUCAAAGAAAAGAUACUCUCAUUUAAUUUAUAUGAAGGAAUAUGAAAUGCCUCUUGUGGACUCCAGUUUAGAUAAUUCCCUGACUAUUGAUAAUAUUAAUUAUAACAAUCAAAUCGUUGGAAAUUCAAUAGUUGACUAGUAAAAUUCUCAGAGCUAGGACAUAGAGAUGAAAGAUGAAUCUUUAAAUUCAUUUCAAUAAAACUCAAAAAAAACAUUAGACUAAAAAAAUCUCGAGAAGCAAAGUAGUCUAUUAUAAAAUAAAAGUCCAGAGAAAAAAUAGCAGUUAAAUAAUAAUUAAUAGUAGAUUGAUGAAUUUGAGAGAUACUAAGAAAAAAUGAAUGAUGAGCCGACUCCAAGAAAAUCAGAUAUACAGACAUUUGACAAGUAAUAAAAUCAAAUCGAUAGAAGCACUAAGAUUAUUUCUCAUUAAAUUCACAGUAAUAAUGAAAAUAUAGGCAAAACUUUUGAUUUGAGAAAGAGCAUUGACAAUUCUAAUCUAGAAUUUCCAAAAAUAUCAACAUUUAGUAUAAUGAGAGAUCAGGAAAUAUCUGAAAUUCCUUUGUAAACUAUGACACAGUAAUCUCUUUCUAAUACCAAUUACAAAGACAAAGAAGAGCUCAAGUCUAGAAAUUCAGUUGAUACUAUUUAAUAAUAAAUUCAACAAAACUAUAAUAGUACGAUGAUUAAAUCAGGCGGUGAGGAUAAUGAGCACUAAACUAGUUCUUUCAAUAGCGGUCAAUCCAGAUAAUCACUGUUUACUAAUCUGAAUCUAACUAUAAAUUAAAAUAAUGUCAAUAAUAAUAGCAAUGAUCAAGUAGCACAGCUUCCUUUAUAAUUAGUUGAUGCGAGGAAUAAUUAAAACUAAACUCAAUCAGUUUAACCAUAGAUUUCAAAUCUUAAUCAACCAAGAUCUAGAAUUUCUUUGAUACCUUAAAGGCAUUCAAUAGCAGGUUAACUGUUUGAUAGAAAAAAUAAUACUGGAUAAUAAGACUCAUAAGAAUUAGAUGGAUCUACUGAGCAAGAACCUUUCAAUUAUGAAAUUAAAUUUCCUAGUUAAAAUGAAAUCCUGAUGCAAUAAUUAGAAAUCAAUGACUAACAAUUAAAUCAAAUUUAUCAAUUGAAAAAUUCUUCUAUUAACUAAAAUUUAGAGAUGAUUUCUUAGCUUAAAUUGGCACAGAUACAGCUAGUGAUCCCAGCUGCAUAAUAACUAGUACUUAGAGAUUAGUUAGUAAAAGAAGCAAUUUAAAAGCUUGAUAUUCUAUAAUAGUUGAAAGCUAAAGCUAAUUAAAUGAUUGAGAGUAAGCAAAGUCAGAUUGAUAGUAUCAAUUAGGAAAAUGUAAAGUUAUUUCAAGAGUUGAAAGCAUACUAAGAAAUGAGUAAAUUAGAAAUCUUAUGGGAUAAAUCAAAUAAUAGAUAGACAGUAAUUAGGGUUAGAGAUUAUUUUAUAUUGGAUAUUCUCAAUACGAAUAGAAUGAAGCAUAAUUAGCUCGUUAGAUAAGUAAAAAUCACUCUAGAUAAAUAAAUUCAAUUAUCAAAGAAAGCUUAGGAGUUUAUGGUAAAAUUACUUAACUUAAUCUUGAGCUAAGUGGUAACUGAAUUGAAUUUGUAAGAGAAUAGAUACACAGAAUGCUAAUUUGAUGAAAAUAAUUACCUAGAAAUAACUAGUAAGAUCUCUAAACUUGUUCAAGAAGUCUAUAAAUCCCUUAAUGGCUUUGAUGAAAAAUUGCUUAAUUUGCUUUUGUCAACUAAAUUGAUAGAUCACUAAUAAAAGAUAAAAGAUACUUUCAAUAUCAUGUGUGCUCAUGUAAAUGAGGAACGAUAUCUAUAUAUUUUCCAAGUAAUAGUAACAUAUCUAGAUGGAGUUAGUUGUAAAUUAGAUCGAUAAUCAAUCAAAUUAGAGAGCUCAUAAGAAACUAUAAUGUAAAAGUAAUCAUCAGAAGGUAUUCAAAGAAAUAAAGCAAAGUUACAAUCAUUCUUAUAAUCCUUUGGUCUAAUCUGA